CAACACGCAACUUACCAUCCAACCAAACUCAACUCAACAAGUCAUGGCCAACCCUAGACAAAGACGGAAAUCACGAUCAGGAGCACCGAAAGCAAGAUUGUCAAAGUUUGCGAAUUCCAAGCUAAAGAAAGUCACCCCAAGAAACUUUCCCGGACCAUUAUCCAAUGCAUACAAUCCCAGACAAACACCGAGACAGAACUACGAGCGCCUAGGACUACUAUCCGGGAAACUCGCUCCAAGACUAGCCGGUGGAAUCGAGAAGAAGACCGACUUACAGAACAUCUGGCUGAAUAAAUACAAGAAAAAGGAUGAAUUUGAAAUCCUAAGGACGACAAGUGAUGGUGAAGUAGUCGACAAUGAAGAGGAUGAAAACGAUGACGAAGAAACGGACGAAGAUGAUUCGGAAAAAUCCGACGACGAUGGGAACCAAGCUACUACUGUGAACCGGGAUCCGAAACUAUCUAAAGGCGAGGGGCGGAUUAUCCGAGAUGCUGACGGCAAAAUCAUCAAAGUGAUCAUCGGAGACGAAUCAGAAAUUGAGCUAGAGCCAACUGCCGAAGACCCUUCAAAGAUUGUCAUCGAACGCGACCUUCAACCUUCCACCUCGACUCCCUGGGGAAAUCCACUGGACACGCCUAGUUACGAGCAAGAUCCUUCAGUAACUCAUCAUCCUCCUGCUCCUGUACUACAAGGUAUCGGAUACCAAAACCCACGACAAGGAUUUGUCCCCCCCAAAACCAAAUUUGUUGAAGAGCUAGAAAAGAUAUCCUCAAAUCGAUUGGCAACAUAUAGCGAGACGAUAAAGAAGAAACAACAUCUAUCAGAAAACCAAACCAAUUGGUUACUCAAACUGAUCGAGAAACACGGCCUUGAGAACACCCACUUGAUGGCUCGAGAUCUUAAGCUAAACAAGGAUCAAAAGACCGAAGGAGAGAUCCGACAUCUGAUCUCCAAACUAGCCUCUCAAUAAAUAAUCACUCGUCUGCAAUUCCAGUUUUAUUCUUUUUUCACUCCAUUUAUAUUCUUUUAAUGUAAGAUAAGUAGGAUUCAAUCGCAAAACAAAAAUCCAACGGUUGGCUUGCCCUGCCACUCCUCCUUUGUUUGAUCCUUUGCUCUUUUGUAGUAAUCAAGCCCCCUCAUAUAUAAGACCCACAAGGGCCUCACUGAAAAUACUCUUAAUAAGCUCGUGUUCUCAAUUUGAUUCUCCGACAGGUGUUUAGUCUUGGCUCGCCCGCUCUUUGUUUUUUUCUAAACAGUUUCCUUAUGAGUUUGAUCCGUAUAUGUAUUCACGACUGGUGACAUGACAAUUAGGUAUCAUAGAAUAAAGUUUGAAGAAAGAUUAAACCUGAUCUUGUGAUCAACAAUUUGGUGCUUUAAAUAAGCAAAAGUACGUCUUGUGCUUGUGAACUCCC